GGGAGAGAGGGCGUAUGAAAGAGAGCCGAUGAGAAUGGUACAAACCCGAACAGCUUUGUGUGUCACACUCGAAUACAUCGCAUCCACAGCUAUGACCUAGGCGCGGAUCGUCGCUCUCAAGACAAGCGCAACAUCGGAGAGAGCAAUUACGCAAGGUUCCGAUAGAGAAUGAAUGAGAAGCUGUAUCCAACAAUUCCAAAACGCCCGGUUGAUCUCAUUUUGCUACCAUUAGAGCAUCAACUGGAUUACCAUAAGGGAGCGACGAGAACGGAGCACAGUAGCAACAACGUCUUUACAAUUGAGGAAUAAGAGAUUUUGCUCCAAUAAUUGAAUCAUUUACUUUUCAUCAAAACACAAAUAUCUGUAUGUAUUUAGAGGUGUAUUUCCAAGGACACAUAAAUUAAAGCGCGGUUAGCCGUCUUUAGGUCCACUUGGAUUUGAGCAUAUUGACACUUUAUUAGUUAUCCUGAUGGAAACUGCUUCAAAAGCUCGUCGGCUAUCCAAUGUGUCAACGGCAUCUAACGUGUCCAAUGUGUCCACGUCCAGCGCAGGGACUGAGGUAGGACAGAGCGAUGUGCAGAUUUGGGGGGACAGACCUUUACCUGUCGACUACCUUGGUGACAUCUCGAUCCUGGAUGACGGGAGAUGGUCUAACUCUAGCGUGAAGAAACAUCACCACAAACACAACCUGAAGCACCGCUACGAACUGCUGGAGACACUGGGGAAAGGGACAUACGGCAAAGUGAAGAAAGCCAUCGAGAGACAAUCCGGCAAAGUGGUGGCCAUUAAGUCCAUCAGGAAGGAGAAGAUCAAGGAUGAUCAGGACAUGGUUCACAUCCGCAGAGAGAUCGAGAUCAUGUCCUCCCUCAAACACCCUCACAUCAUCUCCAUCUACGAAGUGUUUGAGAACAAGGACAAGAUAGUGAUGGUGAUGGAAUACGCCAGUAAGGGAGAGCUGUAUGAUUACAUCAGCGAGCGACGGCGGCUGAGCGAGAGAGAGACACGACACUUCUUCAGGCAGAUUGUUUCCGCCGUGCACCACUGUCACAAGAACGGAGUUGUGCACAGAGAUUUAAAACUGGAAAACGUGCUGCUGGAUGAAAACUGUAAUAUCAAGAUUGCUGACUUCGGUCUGUCCAACCUUUACCACAAAGACGAGCUCCUUCAGACGUUCUGUGGCAGCCCUCUGUACGCCUCACCAGAGAUCGUCAACAGCAGGCCCUACCAUGGUCCAGAGGUAGACAGUUGGGCCCUAGGAGUGCUUCUCUACACCCUGGUCUAUGGGACCAUGCCCUUUGAUGGGGAAGACCACAAUAAACUCAUCCGCCAGAUCACCAACGGAGAGUACAGGGAACCUACACAGUCCUCAGAUGCUCGUGGUCUGAUCCGCUGGAUGUUGAUGGUUAACCCGGAGCGUCGAGCCACGGUGGAAGACAUCGCCAACCACUGGUGGGUCAAUUGGGGCUGGAAGACCAGUGUGUGUGACUGUGACAUCCAGAAGGACAACAGUGGCUGCAUCUCUUCUCCAACGCUAGCACGCUUUAUCGACUGGCAGAACCGCACCACAGAGUCACCCAGGGUGGCGCUGGUCAAGCCUCCCCGCUUGGAACACCCCGCCGCACCCCCCCACGCUGGCCGCCAGCGCCUAAGGAAGUCCAGGAAGGAGAAUGAUAGCGGAGCACUCCACCAUCACACCGCGUGGGAAGACAAAGACAAACCAGGACUGAAGAGACCCAAGGGGAUCCUGAAGAUGCAUGUGUCUGAGCAGAGGUCCCACAGCCUGGGGGAGAUCGAGCUGAGUCGCUCCCUGCACUUCCACGAGGGAAGGGAGCUGCUCUCCAGCCCCGAGAGGGAUGAGGAGGAGGACGAUGAUCAGGAUCGCCUGGGGGUCUCGCCGGCCAAGAUGGUGCCCAUCCUCCCCAAGAAGGGCAUCCUGAAGAACAACCAGCAGCGGGAGUCUGGCUACUACUCCUCCCCGGAGCGCAGUGAGUCCUCUGAACUGCUAGGGGGCAGCACCUCCAUGACCCCACCCGUCAGCUCACCAACAAAGAGGUCCAUGGGGAGAAAGGGCAUAUUGAAGCGUAAUGGGAAGUAUGGCAACUCCACUUCCUUCCACAGUGGCUUGUCCAAUAUGAGCUACCACGGAGAGACUCCGGGGGACUCGGGCCUCUCUCGCAGCCAGAGUAAACCCUCCAGUAUUGUCUGUGAGGAGAUGGGUCUCUCCAGUGUUCCCCCCUUAAUGGGAAUGGAUUGGUCUCCCUCGUCCCCGCAGCCACACGUCAGGGCCUGUAUGUCGGCUGAGGAUCUACUCCAGCUGGCAGGCUUCAGACGGGGCCUCCAGACGGCUGCAGGGGGGCUCCAUGGGGGGAAGGUGGGGACCCGAGGGACACCAGGGUCUCCUGGUGACGACGGCAGCUUCUCUCUGCUAGGGGACAUGGAUGAUAUGACCCAGGUCUAUCAACACACCCUGGACAUCAGCAGCAAUCUGACCUAGAGGAGGGGGAGUUUGGAAGGGAAGGGACAUGGGAAGGACAGACACACACUUGAACCUUCAUUUCUGGGUUAGGACUGGCCAGGUGUGUUGUGAACUGGGCACCCCAGCCACCUUAAUGUACUGAAUCUACCCUCUCAGAGACAGUGCUGCUGUAAAUCUGCUAUAUGGUCAAUAGAGCUAAAUAAAUAUUGUGUUGUAUGUCACUCAGAGUCACAAACCAUGCUGUGGUGAAGCUCAAUGUAAUAGACAGUUAGGGCUACUGUUCAUGUUAUCUCAAUGUAAUAGACAGUUAGGACUACUGUUCAUGUUAUCUCAAUGUAAUAGACAGUUAGGACUACUGUUCAUGUUAUCUCAAUGUAAUGGACAGUUAGGACUACUGUUCAUGUUAUCUCAAUGUAAUAGACAGUUAGGACUACUGUUCAUGUUAUCUCAAUGUAAUAGACAGUUAGGACUACUGUUCAUGUUAUCUCAAUGUAAUGGACAGUUAGGACUACUGUUCAUGUUAUCUCAAUGUAAUGGACAGUUAGGACUACUGUUCAUGUCAUCUCAACCUAAUGAUAACCAUGUGUUAUCUAUUUAUAUUGUUGAAACAGACAUAUAUUGCCUGUGUGUUUGGGUCAUUACAAGACGUACUGAGGUGUAUGUACCCUUCAAGGAAUGGUACUGUAUAAUAGUAUUGCUUGAUUGAAUUGACAUGAAUGUCCUAAUCCAGCAGGACAUCUAUUGUUCAGUAUCACAGUGGGAAGGUUGAAGAGCAAACCGUGUGUAUUGAUAUAAGUCUACUGUAUGGGCCGUCCACAGGAAGUGCCUUUAUUAGUGCUAUGUUAUCACGGACUGUAUUUCCUGAAGGUUUAUGGAGGAACAGAUAGAUAACCAACCAAACUCACCACGAGACACAACUAUAGGGAGGCGAUUCACAGAGCUGUGACCACGCAGUCUCCCGAGGCGAAACAACUAGGACUUGUUCAUGUUCGUAACCAUUUGGUUUCACAGUAGAACUGUCCUUGUUUUAGAAAGGGGACUGAAAGACAGAACGACUGAAAGAACAGAAGAAGGGUGGGUAGAGACGUGGAGUCAAAACUUAAGUCUAUUCACAGAGUUGUGGCUACAAGCCCUCCAGUCUACAGGACUAGCUCAUGUGUAGGACAUAUGUAAAUGAACUGUCGUUGUUUUAGAAAGAGAAAUAGUGAAAAAACAAGUCGAUAGACGUGAGUCAGUGGGAGGGGUUAAUGGGUUGGUUGUAGAGGUCUUGUUUGUGGAGGGAAGUUGGGUGCUGGCUAGGGCUGUUACACCUCUUCCUCCCCAGACUGAAGACUCAGAGUGUAGAGAGAAAAGAGGGGUUGAGAGAGAGGGCUGAGAGAGAGAGAGAGAGGGCUGAGAGAGAGAGAGGGCUGAGAGAGAGAGAGGGCUGAGAGAGAG